GCACGUUUCUGGGUCCAGGUGAUCGAUGAGCUGCGGCGCGGUGUUCGUCUGAAGAAAAACAAUUAUUCCCGCACACCUAUCGAGUACGAGUUGACUCCGUAUGAGAUACUCAUGGAAGACAUACGAUCCAAAAAGUACCAGCUGCGCAAAGUGAUGGUGAACGGUGAUAUUCCGCCACGCGUGAAGAAAGAUGCCCACGCCAUGAUAUUGGAGUUCAUCAGGUCACGGCCGCCACUCAAAAAGGCGUCCGAACGUAAACUACCGCCACCCAUUAAACGCACACCAUCGCCGCGCGAACAACUCAUGGACUCGAUACGAAAAGGACAAACACUGAAGCACAUACAACCGCCAACACCACCCCGACUCAAGGAUCGAUUGCUCCCACCAACCACAACACUAAUGACAACAACAACGUCAGCAACAACACUGAACCAUUCAUCAUCGUCUGCAACAUUAAAAUCCACAGCAGCAGCAGCAACAACAACAGCGCCAGCACAUGCAACGGUGAAUGCACUGAAAUUAACGGAGAACGUGGAACCGCAUCUGACGCCGCGCUCCAAGCAGCGGCUAAUCAAAGUGGAUUUCUCGCUGUUGCAGGACGAUGACAAUUUCUUUGAUGAGCCGUCGUCAACUGUCAGAUAUGGCAACUGUCACAGCGCACAUGUCGGGAUCUGCUCGCAGCCACAAAUGCCUCCCUACCCGAUCGGCGGCUACAUGACGCUGGGUGCCGGCUAUGGUGGGCCAGCGAGCGCCGUGCCCAAUGCCAACGUGAAAGCACACGGACCAACAACGCAGUUGCCGUCAGCGCUGACUUCACGGGUGCUACGACGAACAAAGGACUCGUACACCGAGGAUGAGUACCAUAGGUUCUUCGACAACGCGCUGGAAUCUUACGAUCUCGCCACACAAUGCGAGUCGCGGCGCGCCUCGUUACGUCGCCACACGAUCGUCGGCUGCCAGAGCAACUUCGACGAGACUCAUUCCAUGCCGCCAUCGAGGCCCGAAUCACGGCAGUCGGAUGUGAGUUCUAUUGCUGCUCCGGGCGAUGGCGCAGACGCAGUUUCAGGCACAACCAAACAGCUACACAACAAUUACAAUCAAAAGCAGCAACAACAUCUGAAACGCUCCCAAAGUCCUGGUGCGGGAGGCAGCCACAGCACACGUGCCGGCGGCGAGAGCAGCGGUUGCAGCCGUUCGUCAUCCUCGGUUGGCCCAUGGAGCAAGUCCUUUCUUGAUGAGAAAACUUGGAUCGAACGCGGUGACGAUCGUCUCUCGUUGACGCUGGAGGAGAUCGUGCACAUACGUUCGGUGAUGACGAAGGCCGAACUGGAAGGACUGCCUGUGGGUGUGCGUGUCAAGGAGGAUGUCGAAAAGCGCAAAGUCUGCUUCCUGUGCCUACGUACACGUUUCUCCAUAUUCGGGCCUUGGGGCAUACAAUGCAAAUUGUGCCAACGCACGGUCUGUUCCAAAUGCUAUACGAAGAUGAGAAUACCAACGGAGCAUUUCCGCAAUGUGCCGCUUGUCUUGAUUUCACCCUCAUUGCUUGCCAGCCCGGCUGGCUCCAGCACGCCAUCACCAUCGCAUCACGCUCACCAUACACACUCGUCUUCGACAGGCAACAUAUUGGACGAGACAUUCCCAAAAUCAUUAAUUGAGCGUCUGUUGCGUUCCGAGUCAGAGCGUAAGACUCGUAACACGGUGGGUAGCGCCCCAUCAUCGCCCAAACACCAAAGAUCCAACACCAGUACACCUGGCACGAGCCACAUCAUGGCCACGCGAUCGGGUACCUGUGCUACUGGACAAGCCAUCGAGGCAGACGAUGCUUCCGCAGUGACGUCUUCUUAUAACAGUAAUCUAGCAAAUGGCUCGAACAGUAAUAUGUAUGCCAAUAACAACAAACACAUCAACAUAAUGUCACGCAGCAUGGAGGGACCGCGAAGUUUGCCUGCCAACAGUCCUGCGCGCGCGCAUUCCAACAGCAGCACUUUGGACCGGAAAACGAAAUUUUCGCGAGCCUUCACACUUUCCGCGUCCGGUACUCAACUCAGUCAGGAGCAGAAGGAGAAUAUGCGCGGUGAGCUGGUCACCGUUUGCAACGACUGCAAGGGCCUUGUCAUGGAGAUCACACGCUCAUCUAAGCAGACGCGCUCCUCAGCGCGCAAUCGUGCUCUACAAAACCUCACGCUCGACCUCUCCCCGGUCUACAAGUGAAAAGGAGCCCCCAGGCGCGGCAACGAGCCGGCCAUGCGUAACAAUAACAGGCCGUGAACGCCGAAAACAGCUGAAGCUGAAAUAAACGCUGUUGUUGGUGCACACGCGGUUGAUGAUAACUAGAUCCUACUGCACUUCCAAACCACUCUUCCCUUGAAAGCGUAAUUUUACAUAGACAUACGAACACUUUCUGGGCCGACGCCUAGACACGCCGCGCCGGAAAGUGCGCACCACUGUUUGUAAAUAAACAACAACUAAGCAAUUUAUUGAAAUGUUCGAACUAAGUUUUUAAACAACAAUAACAAAAGGCGGAGGCAGCGCUCCGCGUUAAAUGAUUAAUGAAAAUUAUUAUGUUCCAAGAAUGCACCCCACCAUUACAUUGUAAAAAAUAAGAAACUUAUUGAUGUUCGAAAAAGGUACAUAUGUAUGUGUAGAUCUACAGUUAGCGCGCUGAUAAGUGAUUAAUUUGCUUUUGAUUUGAGUUUCGCGCAAGCGGAGAGGAGUCGCUCUCCGAAACCGCUUAAAGCUGCGCAGAGUACGUAGCUGGGCAAGGCGUGGCACGUAGUGGAUGUCUUAGGGUAUUAACUGUUUGGAACGAAAUUCAGCGUAAAUUUGCUUUAAAGUUUGAUACGAUCGCCAAGUUUCUUUUAGUUAGUUUUAUUUAUUUAUUCAAAUUCGUUUGCAAAGCUUUCUUUCUUGUUUUACUUCAUAGAAUUAUAGAAUUUAGGCGCGGCGCUGCUGGAAGUUUCCCUUCCGUAGCGGUCAAACACCGACAACGUUUCUUUUUAUAAAUAUUUCAUUUUGUGAUACGGAGGAGUACGCCUUCCACCUUUCUAAUUAUAAUUCUUCUAAUUAAUAUUUUUUACGCGCGAUUUUCAUUGUCCCCCAAAACAUGAAAAAUCAUGAAUAUGGUUGUGUGAGAACUUGUACAAAAACAACUGAUUUCUAUGAGUUAUUCGGACUUUCUUUGUGUGUUUUUUUCAUUUUUGUUUUUGUUUUGUUUUUGCAUUUUCAAUCAUAUUGAGAAUUACUUAUAUUUAACGCUAAGUUUACAAUUUUUCCUUUUGUUUUGUUUUCCUUAUUUUGACAUGACAUCUGUUCUGCAAAUAAAACUAAUGUUUGUAUACAUACACACGUGAUAAUGCUACGAACACUUACCAAUAACUGUACUAUUAAAAUAUUAACAAUUUAGUUUUAAACGUAACAAAAAGGUCAAUGCAUAUUUACCGUUUUCACAACUAAACAAUUUAAAUAUAAUUUGUACUAUACACUUUACAAUAUUGAUCGCAUAAUUUAAUAUGCUGCGUUUAGCACACAUACACAUACAUAAUAAUAAUAAUGAUUAUGAUGAUUGCAAAUGGACCAAUGUCCCCAUUACUAUUAAUAUAAACAUUACCAUUAACUUUAACAUAUUUAUACGUGUAUACAAACGUACAUAUGUACAUACGCUAUAGUUUAGAACCAACACACACACACACAUACAUAAAUAUAUUUUGUCAAUCUGCUUCAUUUUAGUUAGUAAUUUCUACAUAUGUAAUUUAUGAUAAUUAUAGUUCAUAGUGGUCUUAACCCUGCUUUCGAUUGCAUAUAAUUUUUGUUGUUUUGGAGCACGUUUUACGUUUUAAGUAUCGAUUCAACUUGGUAAAGCACCACGACUUGAAGGAUAAGAUAUUAUUUGUAAAAAUAUUAGCAAACACACAACUAUAUAAGCAUAUACAUAUAAUAAAAGCUAAUAAGCCACAAAUGUACAAAGAAAAUUACAAAAAAAAAGAACAACAAUUGUAUGGAAGAUUUGCAGCAAACACAAUGGGCUCUUUUGGAGGCUUCAAAGCUCGUUUCGGAAAUGUAUGUGUGUAAUAAAACAGUUCAGUUAAGUAACUUCGCAAACAUACAAACACACAAACAUAGUUAAAGCUUACAUUUAACAUCUCUUCACAGCUAAAACUAUUUUCAUAUAUUUUUGCAAAUUAAAUAAAAAAUAAAUUUUGAUUUAAGUUUUACCAAACGCCGCCUUGUUUCCGAAGCGCGAUUUGUUUGCCUACAAGCGCCCAACUCUGAAGCGAAAGAUUAAGCAUUGUAACGCACUCCACUGCUAGUUUAUCCAAUGUUAAACAAAAAGUAAAUUAUAAAAAUAUGUUCUGCUUUCAACAGCAUAAAUAUAUGCAUACAUAUGUACAGUAUAUCGUUGUAUAGUUCAUAGGACCCUUGUGCAUCUGUAAACUGAUGUGCUAAGUUGCGGUGCAGAACCAAACCAAUAUCCAAUGGAAAUGCACUUGUUGCUAUUAAUUCAUUUAUGUAUUAUUUGAACACAUACAUACGCGCAAGCAAGCGUCGAACACAUGCAAGCAUGCAUACACACAUACAUACAUAUGUGUGUGUACAUACAUUAUACAAACUAAUUUUAUAAAAUAUCCCCAAGGAUUAAGUGUUUACAAGAGCAGCAGCACCAAAAUAAAUUUAAACUAAAGAAAUCAAAAUAAAAAGAUCAACAAUUAAAACACAAAUGACUUUUGUUUC